AUGUCCACCUUGGAGAUGAUUCACAUUACUCUUUUCUUUUUUUAUCUUCUCUCAUAUACCUCCCAUGCUACAUCUACCAAUGAUUUCUGUGUAGCCAACUUCAUGUUUCCAAAAACCCCUUCAGGCUAUCCAUGCAAGUCAGAAACAAAUGUAACAUCGAAUGAUUUUGCAUCCUCUAGUCUUAAUGUACUCAACACUGCAUUUGUAAAGGAUAUACCCGGCCUCAACGGACUCGGUAUCUCUGCAGCAAAAAUAGAUAUUAAUAUAAAUGGAUCGGUUCCAAUGCAUAUUCAUCCCGAUGCAUCUGAAUUAAUAAUAGUUUCUCAAGGUCAAAUUACUGCUGGAUUUAUGACACCUACAAACCUUUAUGAGAAAAAUCUAAAAGCUGACGAUGUUUUCGUUUUUCCAACAGGACUAUUGCAUUUUAUAGUUAAUACUGGUUCGAGAAAUGCUAUAGUUUAUGCUGUUUAUGGUAGCGAAAACCCUAGCAUUCAAUUACUUUUUGAUUUAUUAUUUAAAAAUAAUUUACCAACUCCAAUAAUUGAAAAGACUACUCUCCUUGAUGCUGCACAAAUUAAGAAGCUUAAGGCUCAGCUUGGUGGCAGUGGCUAG